AAAUAAAUCCCCAGUCCCCACUACACAGAGAGAGAAGAGUAUCCGAGAAGCUCAUAUCUUCUCUGAUUUUGAUGCAUGAGAGAGAGUAGAGAGAGAGAGAGAGUACUGUACAAGUUUCAUAUAACAAAUAGUGAGGGAGAGUGGGGAAGUUGAGAAAAAACUUCUGCAAUUUGAGGGUGUGUGAAAAAUGCUGAGGAAGAGAAGCAGGUCACACCAAAAAGAUCAACAAAACAUGGGUCAGGUUCAUAAUCUGAACCCUGAUUAUCAUUCCAAUGAGUCUUGUUACUCAAAUCCUGAAACUUUCUUGAAACAGAAGCAGAAAAUCAAUUCUUUUUUCAAUGUUCCUGGUGUGUUUGUAGGGAUAAACCCUAAAAAUCCAGAAUCCGAUUCAGUUAGAAGCCCCACUUCCACUUUGGAUUUCAAGGUUUUUUCAAAACCAAACUUUGGGAUUUUACCUAUUAGGGCUUGUUCUAAACCGAAUGAAGUCACUCAAAAGAGUUGGGAUUGUAACAAAGUAGGCUUAAGCAUGAUAGAAUCUUUAGAGGAUGAAACAAAACCGUCGUCCGGAAAAAUACUCCGGUCAUCGGAUAGUAAGAGCGUUAUUUUUGGACCCCAAAUGAGAAUCUUGAACAACCCGAGUUUGAAACCGGUCGGGUUUGACUCACUGUCGAACUCACUCCCUAAGAAUUACGCGAUUUCCCCUCAUAGUAAUAUAAAAUCCAACCCUAAACUGAUUAAUCCAUUAGCACAGGAACCUUUUGCUAGAUUUUGGUCUAAUUCUUUGGAUUCUGCGAAUUUCGGGUCAAAGUCAACCCAUUCAACGACCCGUUUGACCAAUCUGAACCCGGGUAGAGAUUUAGUUGCUUCACUUUCUGCGAGUGAGAUUGAGCUUUCUGAGGAUUAUACAUGUGUUAGAAAACACGGGCCUAACCCGAAAACGACACAUAUAUUUGGUGACUGUAUUUUAGAGCGUCACGAUAACGAGUUUAUUGCUAAAUCUUUUAAAUGUGAAGAACAUGCGAUUGAACUUAAUCCCUCUGAAGUUGUGAAUUCUUACCCCUAUGAUGAUUUCUUGAGCUUUUGUUACUCUUGCAAGAAGAAGUUGGAGGGCGAAGAUAUCUACAUGUACAGAGGUGAGAAAGCGUUUUGCAGCUGGAACUGCAGAUCAGAGGAGAUUUCGAUUGAGGAAGAGAUGGAGAAAAACAACACCGAGGCGGGUUCGUCUUUAGAAACGGAGAUUACGCGCAAACCGGACAGCUGUGAGGAACUUUUCGAGACCUCCAUGUUCAUUGCUGCAUAGACGGAUAGAUAAAAAAUUUAAAAAGUUGGUAUUUUUGUUAACUUUCGAUUAUUAUGCCCAUGAACAAUGAAACUGGAUUCCGUGACAUAUUGGGCGAAACCACACCAUGAAUGAUUACCCGUUCGAUAAGAGCUGUGUUUCCUGUAUUUUUAUGGCAGCCAUGGAUAAUCUUGUUUUAAAGUGUGUGGUUACUUAUUAUAUGUUGUUGAAUGUGUUUCAUAUUUCAUGGUCUUAAUGGUUGAUGGUAACUACUGCUAAACCAGCUAGUUUUGUAUCCUUAUAAUAUUCUGCACUUUUUUUUUUUUUUUUUUGACAUUGAUGAUAUCUCUACUCUUGAGGCUUCUUUUACUUGAGAGUCUUAAUAUGAGAAUGAAAUGGUUCUUUCUACCCCUAAUACCUCAUUGUAAGAAGUUGAUGUAUUAUUAUUAUACCUCCAAAAAUCAUGUUAUCAAGCAA